UUCUUCCCCCCUUUUCUUUCUUCCUUCCAUCAAUUUUUCAAUCUUGUUGGAUUGCAUCACACACACACACACACACACACACACACACAUGUCUGACUCUGGCGCUAGCUCUGGCUCUGGCUCUGGCGCGGGGUGGCUGGCGUCGGUCAGAGCCAAAUGGCAGGCCUUCCAUUGGACGCGGUCCCACACCAAGUAUCUCGCGAUGGUCGUUGCGGUGGUUGCUGUCGUCGGAGCCGCCGUCGCACUCGCCUUCUACUUUGGCCUCAUUCAGUCUGCCAUGACAUGGAUCUCCGAGAACAAGGUCGCAGGCGCCUUCCUCAUUGGCGCUGGAUUUCUCUUCACGGCAUUCCCGUUCGGGCUGGGUUACUUUUUGCUUGGCCUCACCACUGGCUACGUUUAUGGCAUCGGGUUUGGAAUGCUGAUUGUGGUCGUGGCCAACUCCAUUGGCGUGUGCAUGAUUUUCUACAUUUGCCAUACGGGAUGGAAGGCAAAGCUGGAGCGCACUCUGGCAGGCAAGCCAAAGCUCGAGGCAUUCAUGCGAGCCGUCAAGGAGUACGGCUGGAAGCUUGUUGUGCUCGGUCGCGUCACUCCAAUUCCGAUCGGUAUUGUCAAUGUCGUGUGCAGCAUCUCGGGAGUUCCCUUCAUGACCUACGCGGUGGCAAGUGUGAUUGGAUUGGUUCCCGAGCAAGUUCUCAUGGUUUAUCUCGGCACCCGCAUGGAAAGCAUUGCAGACAUUGCCUCGGGCGACCGCCCUUUGGAAACGCCAGAGCUGGUCUCGAUCAUUGUCGAAGCUGUAUUACUCGUGGUGCUGUUUAUCGUUCUUGCGAUUAUUGGCCAGCGAGUACUCCGAAAAAUUGAACUGCAGCAGCAGCAACAAGCAGCGGCUGGCGGAGGAGACGCCGAAACAAGUUCGGCUCUUCCCCAAGAUCUCGAGCUCGGUGCUGUGCCAGGCACCAUUGCCUCCAAUAACUAUUCCGACCGGGCGGGGCUUUUGGCCAACGCCGAGGAUGGUGAAGGCGAUGUUGACGACGACGACGACGACGACAAGCUCGAAGUGAUUAGCAACCACCACCACCUAGAAGAGCCCACAGACCAGGUUGUGUUGAUCGGCAAUCGGCUUGUAUGGAAGUGAACGCUCAUCUCUCCGUCCACUCAGAAUCCCCUUGUUGGGUCUUUCUAGACAAUCCUUUGUGUUCCAUUUUGUUUUUUUGUUUUUGUCGCUUUGGAGUUUUCGAUUUUUUGCCUCGUUUUCGAUUAAACUAUUCGC